CGCCUCUGGAAAUAUUGAGAGGUCGGCCGCUGGGGUGAAGAAAACCCCUCAACCGCCCUUCAGCAAUCACCUAGGCUUCCCCAAGACUCGCGCUCCUUCCUGAUCUUCUUCACCUCAUCCCCGCGCCGCUCCACAGAAGCCUGGCCCCCCUCCCUGUAUUCCUCUAACAAGUGAAGAAAUUGCAUUGAGAGCACGCGAUAUAGGGGCCCGGAACGCUGAUAAAAAUCUGUCAAAGGCCCAAAAACCAAUCCCACGAGUCCGCCUCCCUCCAACGACACACGCCCCUUCUCCUCCUUCAGAAAGCAUCCGCAAGUCUUCGUCUUCAACUUCAACUUCGGCGCCGCGCAGACCAUCGAACUUGAGAACUGUUACUUUACCUGGUAUCCACCCAAUCUUUGCAGCGCGGCGAGAAAGUGUAGUAGAAGCUAACGCACGGCAGAAGAUUCCCAGGACACGACCGUGAAAAUGACACAAAGCAACGGAUCAGAUGAGGUUGUUAUUCCCAAUCGCAACAGGCGCAGGACCAAUAACACACGAACUCGAGGCACCUGGAGAUCCAAUGGCGCCGAAAACUCUUGUUGGGCCCGGCGUCCAAAACCAGAGCCGCUUCGAGGGAUCGUAAGCCAAAAAGGCUCCUAUGCCACGAAUGAUAGACAAGACUCGGAGUUUCCAGAAACACCUACCAGAAGCUUUCACAAAGGUGUCAGUCUCGCGAACGACAACCGGUCUGACCAGCUCACACGCACGCUCACACCCACCCCUAGCACACAGAAGGAAAACCGUCGUAGUAAUCAGUAUGAGGAGGAGGCGAAUGAGCUGGAGCGAUUGCGAAAGCAGAUAGUGGUGAAUGCCCACAGACGCGCUAAUGAUCCGUCAGCUGGCGCAGAAAUGCUUUCUAGGUGUAGGGAGGGCCCUGGGACGGAGAUUCACUCGAAAGAGUAUCGAGCGAUAACAGAUAUCCGUACGGUACCUCAGGAAGGCAUACCCGAUUCUAGUUACCUUCCUGGACAUUCACAAAUGUUUUCCACAGAGGAUCCAGGAGAUACAGACCCAGAAGAUCUCAAACGCGACCUGGAAUCUCGAUUGAAGCUGUGCCAGGAAUUGUACAAAAAGAGCGCCACAGCCUAUCCAGUUGUCCCAGACGGCAAAGAUGAAAAGAUCAUGCUUUCUCCCAUGCCAACUGCGAAGCAAAAAGACAUUCUAAUUAAGCUUCAGAGCCCCAGUCGCGAGUUUGCGCCUCAGCCUACCCAUUUAAUCACAGGGAAGAAAGUAGUUGAGACACGUUGGAAUGAUCCUGUGAUCCUGGAUUGGGAGUACUGUCCGCCUGCCAUUCAUGAUGCGAAAAUCUACCAUGAGCGGUUCCAAAACUGGUUAGAGGAUACCAUCGAGUGCGCAAGUACUGUGGAUAUCUUCCACCAAGCUUUCUUCAAUGGUACAGCACAUGCUGAUGGCAAAACCUCCAUGUUUAUGCUAGACAUGCGUACCCAUGCGGUUCAUCUGGAUCCGGAGGAUAAAGAAUCAUGGAGCCACGUGCACGAAUCAGCCGCGGGAUAUUGCUGCAAUAUCAUCUUGCAGAACAAAAAAGCACUCGAGGAACAAGAGCUCCGGAAGCAGGUGGAACGCAAGCGUCGAUUUGAGGCUCAACAACUCCAGCCUCCGCGCACCCCAACCAGUCCGGUAGCAAACAUUUACCUUCGACCUGUUGAACCAAAAGACGUUCCUCAACUCAGAGAGAUUUACAACUGGUAUGCCAGGAAUUCAAUUGACAGCCCGAAUACCGAAGAUCUUGAUGAGGAUGAGGUCCGCCAGCGCGUUGAAGAUACCCGCAACGCUAACCUGCCCUUUAUCGUCGCCAUUGAUCGCCGUAGCGCAUCCACCGAUACCGAGAAUAUUCUUGGAUAUGCACUCGCAAGAGAGUUUGAUCGUCAUCACCUCGCAAACCAGUUUACAGCAGAAUUGGAACUGUACGUCAAAAAUGGACACAAGAGACUAGGCAUUGGUAGAUGUCUUCUAGACAAGCUGCUUGAAGUUUGUGAUUCUACUUACGUGCCAAAGCCUGGGUACCGUUUUGAGGCGAAGCGUGAGGAUCGUUCCGGUUAUUAUGGCGGUGGCAGGCGCAAGCUGGCUCGGCUAAUUUUCACUCUAUGUUACGUGGAUAAUAAGGAAACCACCGACCACACGAAUGUGAAGAGAUGGCUCAAGGAAUAUGCUGGUUUUGAGGAGCAGGGUUUGCUCCGGGGUAUCCGAGUCAAGAAUGGCUAUUUGGUUAAUGUUGCCUACCUCGUACGCACUAUCGGUGAAGUUAACGCAAUAAUAUGGGACCCAUAGCAACUCAAAAGCAAGCGCCAGGAAAUCAGUUUUCAGCUCCGAAAUGGGAUAUCCAAGUUAUUUCAAAAGUGUACCACGGUGGAAGUGAGAUUUGGAAAAUGAAUGAAAUCGACGGAGCAUAUUAAUGCUGAGAAGCGGCAGAGAAGGAUAUUGAAUAAACCUUCUGCAGAAAAUUUGUGUUUUAACGUCAGAAUCAACGCGUUAUUUUCUCC